AUGGCGGAAUUGCUUGAAAGAUGUGAUAAGCAGGACGAAGAAGAAGAUAUAUUCUUUCAGGAAAAACGUGAGUUUCACUUGCGAUGCGAAAAAACAAUUUUUGAUGGAAGUUGUUCGUCUAAUAGGGAAUCGACAGUGCUGAGUGAUGAAGCUGAUCUUCUUGUUGAUAAAGGAUUUUAUGAUGAAGCCAUUGAUUUAUACAUGAAAUGUUUGAUAUUAGUGCAAGAAGAAGGCAAUUUAUUAAAAGAAGCUGAAGUAAAUUCUAAAAUCAUUCGAACAUGCUGCAAGCUUGCUGAAGCAUAUUUUUCGUUGAAUUUACUUGAUGAAGCUCUUUCGUAUUAUCAACAGUCGUUGGCUGUUUAUCAACAAAUUCCAAAUAUUCGCUUGAUGCUUAAAAUUUAUUCAGCAUGUGCUCAACUCCACUUAAAAAAAAGAUCAUUAAUCGAUUCAUUCAUUUGCUUAAAAUAUUAUCAUGCUUUGGCUGGAUUCGCAGGUGAUGAUUCUGCAAGACUGGAUGCUUUGAUACAAAUCGGUCGCUUAUUUCUUGCUCAAAGGGAAUAUCGAAAAGCAAAAAAUAUUGUUGUAAGAGCUCUAUCAUUCGCCAUGGAAAAAAAUGCUCGUCGUGAAAUAGGCUUACUUUAUGGAUAUUUAGCCGAAUGUCACAUCGGCUUGGGUCAACGAAAAAAGGCUCUAUUAAAUUUUUGCAAACAACUGCCAUUUUUUGAUGCCAUUAAUGAUGUUGAAGGGAAAUGCGAAACAUUACGACAUCUUAUUGAGGAAAAGCAGCUUAAUGAUGACUGCGCUUGGGCAUUCCGGCUUUGCUAUAAUAGAAUUGGUAUAUCUGCUUCUGGACCACCUGAUCUACAAGUACAUGUUUUGAUACAAUCAUCAGAAACAGCAGAUAAGCUCGGAAAUAAAAUCGAAUCAUGCAAAUUUCUCGAGAAAGCAGUUGCAAUAAGCGUGAAGACAGAAGGCUUUAAUUCAUUUGAUAUUGUACUUAGCUUGGCAAAUAAAUACAAGAAAUAUUCAAUGAUACAGAAAUGUAUUUGGGUACUAAUGGAAUAUACUCAAACAGUGCCGAAUGAUUUACGUAAUGAUCAAUUACUUUAUGAAAUUAGUCAGUGUUACAUGAAGAUAAAAAAUUUCUCAUCAGCCAUAAAAGGCUUUCAUGAUGUUCUGAAAUCGACAUCAAAUGAGAAUAUCAAGUUUGAUUGUAAUUAUGCGCUUGCUUGUUGCUAUUUUGCUAGUGCUAAUUACAAAUCGGCUCUUAUACACUUAAAGGCAUGCAGAAAUGGACGAAAUGCUAUUGAAACGAAACUUAAUUUCGAGUUAGCUUUAUUGGAGUGGCAUUGUUAUGGAUCAGAAAAAUCGAUCGAAGUUAUCGAAGGGAUAAUCAAAACAGGCGUCUUAUUUUCUGAUGCACUGGAUGAAUGUUUGUUAUAUGAUUUACUUGAUUUGAAAAACUUGACGGGACGGAGCGCACUUCACUGGCUCAUGGCUAAUGAUGAUUACGAGUGUGCAGCAGCAUUUCUCGAAACAAAUAACUUCAGCGAAAUCGAUACAGUUGCUUUGGCAGUGGACCAGGCAAUUAUAUUAUUUCAUAAUUCAAAAAUUCGGUUCAAUGAUCUCCUCGAGUCGUUGGCCAUCGCUGAAUUAUCAUUUUGGCGAAAGAUGAAGCGUCAGUUUGGUUAUGAGAUGGAUUUCAUACCUAAAUCAUGUUCUAUUCGUGAUCAUAUAGCGAAUAUUGGAGAAACUUUGCUGUAUUGUUGGCCGGUUGAUCGUUAUAACAUUUUAUGGCUUAUCAAUCGAAAAAAAUUGUUUGAGAAAAGUUGCUCAAUUUUCUACAUGGAAAAUGGCGUAGCUCAUGAAAAAUUAUCAUCAUUUUACGCACAAAUAAUUCGUGAUAUCUUAAAAAAUUCGCGCAUAUGUCGUAUAGAAAAUGAUGAUUGGCAAGAAUUUCUUUCCACUAGCGAUUCCAAUAAAGAAGUCGAUGUCCAAAUUUCCGUUCUUACAAUUGGAAUUGAUUAUGAGGCAAUAAAAAUAAAAUCUGUUCAAGCUAUCGAUCACCUGGAUAUUUUUAUGAAAAUUCAAGUUUCAUCAGUCGUCUUGGUCGACUUGGCUUAUGAUCUAUUUGACUUAUCGACUUUGCUUCAAAACUGUACAAAUUCUCCUGAUAUUGUAGUGAUUCUAAAUGAUCAAUCGUAUAGUGCUGCACAACUUUUUUACCUUGCUGGAACUGAAUGCGUUAUUGAUAUAAAAGGUGAAACAGUUGAAAAGCUUGAUAAACUAUUACAAGAGCUUCUUAAUGGUACUACAGUCGGUGACGCUCUUUCUGCAAGCCAACUAGUACAAGUUCGUUUAUUUGGUGAUCGAAGAAUUCGAAUGCGUUAUAGUCAAAGCCAUUUAGCAAGAAAAUUACUUACCACUCAAUUUUCAAUUCAAUCAGAUGCAAAAAAUGAAUCGUCUUGGUCCAGAGAAAUAAUGUCAAACGAAUUCUUUGAAACGACAAAAAUCUUGAAUUUGCUGGAAAUAUUUGAUUAUUGUGAAAACACAACAGAAAUCGACACUUCUGCGGAAGAUGAUUUCAAAGAUUGCAGAAAAUACCUCGUGGAACUAACGUUAGAAGAAAAGCAAAAAAUCUUCACUGUUUUGAAAGAUUUGUUCAACGAUCAUGCGUAUGGUUUAUAUGAAACUUCAAAUAAUAUUGAUAAAGAUGAAUUUAAAGAAUUAAUCAGUUCAUUCGCAAUGAAAGAGCGUGAAAGUAGGAAAAAACGACGAAAGAAACGAGCCAAUUUAAGAGGAUUUUAUUCGGAAGGCGAAGGUUCUUGCCGCAGUUCUAUAUCAGAAGGAAAUACCGAUUCAGAAGCUAUCGUUGUAGACGUAGGAUUCUCCGACUAUUAA